AUGUGUGCUAGAUUUUGGUGGGGGAGUACAGAUGAUAAGCGUAAAAUACAUUGGAAGAAAUGGGAUGAUUUGUGUCAUGCCAAGGAAGAGGGUAGCAUGGGUUUUCGGAGCUUAUCAGAAUUUAAUUCUUCGAUGUUGGCGAAGCAAGAGUGGCGAGUUGUCUCUAAACUGGAUACUCUUGUGGUACAAUGGUACAAAGCUAGAUAUUAUCCUGAUGGUUCUGUUUGGAAUGCAGAAGAACAUGCUACUCCUUAUUCUUGGCGUAACAUUUUUUCUACUCGAAAUUUAUUGAUUGAAGGUACUCAUUGGCAAAUUGGGAAUGGAAAUAAUGUUCUCGUAUUGCGGGAUUCUUGGAUUCCUAAUACUAUUACUCAUAAACCACAGCUGUUGGGACCGGUGCAAGAUAAUUUGGCCAAGGUGAGUCAGUUGAUUAUUCCUCCUAAUUCUUGGGAUGAGCAUAAAAUUCGUUCCACUUUUAUACACUCAGAUGCAGAAGCUAUUCUAGAAAUUCCUUUGAGUGCUAGAAGUCCGGAUGAUAGAUUGACUUGGCAUUUGGGGAAACAAGUUAUCAAAAACAAACUUUGCUCAACUGUUGCAUUUUAUUUGGGGAAUUUGGAAAGAAAUUUGAUAGGGUAUGGGAAAACAAAAUCACUUUAG